GUUCUAACAAAUCAACAAGAAAGUUCGGAAGAGAAUGGAUUAUUAUCAUGGGUUGAAGAUCAAUCUGAGCUUUCUCAAAAAAGGCUUUUAAAAAAGAGGGGGAAAAUCUGUUCGAACGCAUGUAAUAAAUGCAAAAGAGAUAAAAAAAAGUGUGAUGGAGACUUUGAAACAAAAAAAGCCUGCACAAAUUGUAUUGAUCGUAAAAGGGAAUGUAAGUUUUCAAACGUCCGUCGAAAACCAAGAACCAAUGUUCAAAAUGUUCAAAAUAUACAACAAUUAAUAAGUAGAAUGGAAAUUAUUGAAAAAGAAUUAAAGAAUUUGAUCGAAGAAAUUUCUUUAAUCAAACAAAUAAAAAAUAUAUUCUUUAAAAUAAUUAAUCCGUCGACAACAAACGAACAAGUAAUUGAAUUGAGGAAAAGACUUUUUGAAGAAUUAAGUAAAGAAUCAGAAAAUCAACAAUAUUUUGAAGAUAAUGACAAUAUUAGCACUGAAUCACCGACAUCAG